AUGCUUGGGAGGGUUCGGCUUCGUUCCCAUUCCAUUCCCAUAUUCCCCUUGGGGGGAGGAGAGUCGAGGACCCGGUUACGGGAGCGUGUGUCUGGAGGCCGGGGAGUUAUGGAGGUGCGCUUACACCUUGAUCCAAAGGGACCGAUCACCUGGUCUCAGAGGAGACGUACCUGGAUUGGUGACUAUAGCAAUGCUUAAUUUAAGUUAAUAUGCCUGUGAAGCUACUCUCGUUAAAUGUUAAAAGUCUUAACACCCCCCCAAAAAGAUGCCUAAUGUUUAGGGAACUCAAACGCAUGAACCCGGGGGUUCCGGUUCCGGCUCUAGCCAAGAUGGCCGCGUGAGGAGAGAGCUCCGCUCCACCAGUCCCCAAUUGCACAAAAUACGCACAGACCGGCAAGCUUAAUGGGGCGCACUAAACGACCGGAGCACACCCAGACCCCUAAGAACUCACAACAGAGACCACUGGACGGUUUUUUACAGCCGCAAGCCGGAUCGAGCGGAAGCUCCACCAGCCCCAAAAUGGCGACGUCCCCCGCAUCGGAACAGGAGAUACCGGCGCUGAGCCGCAUUGAAAGCUCCCUGCGUGAUCUAACCGCCUCAGCAGUGACCAAAUCUGAUCUCCAGGCCAUCACCACCGCAAUCCAGGAAACCCUGCGCACCGAGAUAGCGGGGAUCCGUACAGAGCUCACUUCACAGGCGGGCCGCAUUACCGCAGUGGAGGAGGCGAGCGAGGCCCUUACAGCCCGCGUGGCAGCCACUGAUAUGGCUGUGGCUCGCCAGGGCGAGAUGCUACUAUCUGUGCGCCGACACCUGGAGGACGUGGACAACAGGGGCAGACGAUGCAACAUACGCGUCCGCGGAGUGCCAGAGGCAGAGGGACCGGAGGACGCAGUGGCAAUACUCACCGAACUCUUCUGCUCCCUCCUACAGCCAUCCCCGCCAACGGAGAUAGAAUUUGAGAGGGCGCAUAGGGCCCUGCGACCACGCACGGUAGAAGAAGGCCCGCGAGAUUUCAUCUGCUGCCUACACUCAUUCCCGGUGAAGAAUGCCAUAAUGCUGAAAGCCCGGGAGCGGCAGACCUGGCCCUUCCGAGGGGCUCAUGUCUCCCUUUACAAUGAUUUCUCCCCCAUGACAUUGGAAGCCAGACGGGCCCUACGCCCGGUCACAACCAUACUAAGAGACCAUAACAUAUCCUACAAAUGGGGAUUCCCCUUUGCUUUACAAGCCAGACACCAAAACCGAUGGCUCACCCUGAGAUGGCCUGAAGAAGUACCGCGCUUUAUGGGAGAAUUGGGCCUUCCCUCACCGCCGGUCCCUGAUUGGAUACUGGGGUCAUUAAACCCGCAACCAAGACUGCAGAGGGGACCUAGACAACGAGGUAUGAGAGCACCCCCUGUUCAGCGCACAGGAGGCCGAGGGGACCCGACAUCCCCAGAGGAAUAAAGUCAGCCACCCAAGUAUAUCCGUAAGCCGUCACGCACCACCUCCGAGACAAUCCGACCUUGCCAGCUCCCUCUAUCACCUACCGCCACGACUAGCCAGGGCUGGCCUGACCCCUACUGUUGAUGCCAGCUGCCCGCUACUGUUUCCCGGAUCCCAAGUUGAGCAGGUUUGACGUAUGACCCCACUCUCAGGUACUCUGGGUUAAAGUUUUGAGGCUUGGGAGGGGGGGAAAUGGGCACGGAAACAUGGGCGGGGGGCCUGAUCACCCCUGA